GUUCUUCUCGAUUCCUCGAGAAACUUAGUUCAUGGUGGCUGGGAGGACUUCUUCUUCCGGCAUUCCAUACUGGCCCGUGGACACCGUCCUGAGCAUCCAGCUACUGACCCAAUUCGUGGAUCGGCUGGAGCGGCGAUGCAGCAAUCGAGCAGCGGAGGAGUCCGUCUACGCCAGGCUGAUGCGAGCGUGCGGGAUCUCGGGAGCCCUCGAACAGGGACGUCGAGUCCACGGUCACGUCCAGCGCCACGCUGACGAUCGAUCGCUCUUCUUCGGCAACAGGCUGGUAAACAUGUACAGGCGAUGCAGCAGCCUGGACGAGGCGAGAAAGGUCUUCGAUCGGAUGCGCGAGAGGGAUGUUGUUUCGUGGACCGCGAUGAUCUCAGCAUAUGCCCAGACCGGGCAUCAGCGACAGGCACUCGAUCUCUUCACCGAGAUGGCGGGCAGCUCUCUCGACCCAAACCGCGUCACCUUUCUCGCUUUGCUCGAAGCCUGCGACUCGCCCGAGUUCCUGGAAGAUGGAAAGCAGAUCCACGCUCGGGUCUCGGCGCUCCAGCUGCUGGAAUCCGACGUUCCGGUGGCAAAUGCGGUGAUGGGGAUGUACAGGAAGUGCGAGAGAGCAGAUCUAGCGAUGGCAGUAUUUAGCGAAAUGCGUGAGAGGGAUUUGAUUUCCUGGAACAACGCUAUUGCAGCAAAUGCCGAGUCGGGGGAUUACACGUUUACGUUGGCGCUGCUCAAGAGCAUGCAGCUGGAAGGAAUGGCGCCGGACAAGGUGACCUUUGUGAGCGCGCUCAAUGCUUGUAUUGGAUCGCGCUCGCUAAGCAAUGGGCGAUUGAUCCACGCGCUGGUGCUGGAGCGAGGCAUGGAGGGCGAUGUAGUGCUGGGCACCGCGCUGGUGACGAUGUAUGGGCGAUGCGGGUGCCUGGAGAGCGCGCGAGAGAUCUUCCACCGCAUGCCCGAGAGGAACGUCGUGUCAUGGAACGCGAUGGUGGCGUCGUGCACGUUAAACGCCCACUUUGCCGAGGCGAUCGAGCUCUUCAAGAGGAUGGUGGCGGUGGCGAUGGUGGAGCCGACGCGAGUGAGCUUCAUCACCGUCCUCAACGCGGUCACGACCCCGGAGGCGCUGGCGGAGGGGCGGAGGAUCCACGCGAUGAUCCAAGAGCGCCAGCUUCUUUCCCAGAUCGAGGUGGCCAACGCGCUAGUGACGAUGUAUGGCCGGUGUGGCGGCGUUGGAGACGCCGAGAGAGUCUUCUCCGCGAUGGAGAGGCGAGACCUCGUGUCCUGGAACGCGAUGAUCUCGGCCUAUGCCCAGUCAGGCCUCGCUCGCGAGGUGGUGAAUCUCUUCCAUAGAAUGCGAGCCGAGCGUGUUCCUCCCGAUCGCAUCACCUUCCUCAUGGCUCUGGACGCCUGCGCCGAGAUACGCGAUCUGGAUUCCGGAAGAACAGUCCACCACCUUAGCGUCGAGAGUGGAUUUGGAUCGUGCAUCUCCGUCGCGAACGCCACCAUGCAUCUCUACUCGAGCUGUUCUUCUUCCUCGAGUUCUUCUUCGUCGCUCAUGGAGGUGGUGGCCGGGAUCUUCGAGAGCAUGGCCGCCCGCGACGUGAUCUCCUGGAACACGAUGAUCACUGGCUACGUCCAGGCCGGCGAUUCAUUCUCGGCUCUCUCCAUCUUCAAGCGCAUGCUCCUCGAGGGGAUCCGCGGGAACCAGGUGACUUUCAUGUCCCUCCUCAGCGUCUGUGACUCGCGAGCUUUUCUUCGACAGGGAGAGACAAUCCACCGCCGCGUCAUCAAUCAAACGCCGGAGCUCUCCUCGGAUCCCAUCGUCGCCGCGGCCAUCGUCAACAUGUAUGGCAAAUGCGGCGAGCUCGACACUGCUCGCCAUCUCUUCGAGGAUACGAGCCACCGGAACUUGGCGUCGUGGAACUCGAUGAUCUCGGCCUACGCUCUCCACGGACGAGCCGAGCAGGCGUUUGAUCUCUCGGAGCGGAUGCGCAGGGAGGGAGUUCUUCCGGACCGAGUGACUUUCAUCACGCUGCUCAAUGCCUGCGUCGCCGGAGGAGCUGUCCGCCAUGGAAAGAUGAUCCACGCCCGGAUCAUCGACAGUGGGCUGGAGAAGGACACGGUGGUGGCGAACGCGCUCGUCAACUUCUACUCCAAGUGUGGGAACUUGGACACCGCCACCUCGCUGUUUGGAGCUCUGGAUUACCGCGACGUCGUGUCCUGGAACGGGAUCAUCGCUGGCUUUGCACACAACGGCCACGCUCGCGAGGCUCUCAAGUCGAUGUGGCUGAUGCAGCAGGACGGCGUGAGGCCGGACGCCAUAACUUUCCUCACCAUCCUCUCCGCCAGCAGCCAUGCCGGCUUCCUCCGCCAAGGUGGUGACGACUUUGUGUCCAUGGCCGUGGAUCACGAGCUGGAGCGAGGCGUCGAGCACUACGGCUGCAUGAUCGACUUGCUGGGACGAGCCGGGAGGAUUGGCGAUGCCGAAUACUUUGUGAGCGCGAUGCGGGACGAGGACAAGGAGGUGUCGUGGAUGACGCUGCUGUCGGCAUGUGAGGUGCACGGGGACGAGGAGCGGGCCAAAAGAGUUGCCGGGAGCAUUGUGGAGAUGAAUCCGCAGCACUCGAGCGCCUAUGUGGCUCUCUCCAACUUGUACGCGACUUGUGGUGACGGGAGCUUUCGCUUCAAGAGGCCCAGGCUCAAGAAAAGCUUGCUCGCUAAGUCGAGUUCUGGAUAACUUACUUCGAUCUAGGAGUAGACACACAGUGAAAACAUGACAAAGGAAAUGUAAAUUACGAUUGCUUUCCUGAUAACAAAGACGCUGACAUAUGCUCGACAUAUCCUAUAUCCUGGAAUGAAGAGAAGGAUUGUCAGUAUGAUCUCGAGCAAAAAGAUAUAGUAGACUUCCUACCUCCUGAGUCAGCUACAUGAGAGAUGCCACUUUUGGACGUAGACUCUUUGCAAGGUCUUCGAAGCUCCUCGAGAGCUGGAUCUCGUCAAUGCUCACUUGAAACAUGCCGUCGCCAGCAUCAGCCAUGUCGGUGAGAAGUUUCUUCGCGGAAUUGGUCGGAUCGGUCGCAAACAUGAUGGUGUGAAAGAUGAGACUCUGUUCCAGCUUCUUGAGUUGGUUCACGCAGUGCACGGGAUCCAAACCUCCAUAGUUGUCACCAUCGCUCAGAAACACCACUGCGGGACUCUUGCCGGCCACUGCUGGAUCACUGACCGAGCGAACUAGAAUCUCUUCAACGCGAGCAAUCCCGGACGAGUAAACAGUUCCCCCGGCGUCUUCAAAAGUGAGAAGCUUGUCCACCUGAGGCUCGGACAUGUGCUCCCGCUCCAUCGCGAUCUGUCCGUGGUCGUCAAAGAGAACCACUGACAUUACGUCUUGAAGGUUGGCGGCUAUGCGGGUCCGAAUGAAACGAACCAUGGCCUCGAAGACGCAGCCGAGACGGUUCUCCGGGAACUUGACCAUCUUCGGUUUAAUGUCCGGCGAUCCCAUGGAUCCUGAUCGAUCCACCACAAAAAUGACAUGGCUGGACACGUCUUUGGAGUGGUUGCACGCAAACUUGUGUCCGUCUUCAGUCACGUAGCCUGUAUAAGAGAUUUCUUUGGGCACUGGAUCGUGCCACAGCU